UUAUCGAUUCUUGAGCCGGACGAAUGAGUAGCAUAAGUUGCGUGUGAAUGGUCUCCUCAGUGCAAAAUUAUUCGCUUUAUGAUUUCGCACUGGCCUUCAUUUCCUAUUGGUCUCGGCGAUGUUCCGCCCAUGUUAACUCAUGGCCAUGAGGCCACUAUGCCCAUUUUCCCGAAAGGCGUUGACAUGUUACAGGUACACCGACUUCCAGGUCAAUGAAAUCGCCAAAGACGGCGAGGUAGUCCGCUUGCGUGAUUUCGUCUCCAAUGCGAGAGAGUAUCGCAAGGAAACAAAGUCUUCUCCGGCUCAGAGUGAUGCUUCUAAGCCUCUGACUGAAGCAGCUGCAGCACUGGCUUCUGAGCCGGCCAAAAUCAAUGCCACGGGGCCGAAAGCAGAGGCAAAGGAUGAGCCCAAGGAAGCGAAGCUGCCGGCCGGGCAAAUCGCGCCAUCCGAUGCAUCCAUUCUUGUCGAGUUACUAGGCCAGACCGCCGCUGAUGAAAUGAUCGCUCUCUACGCCAGAAUCGUGGAAGACCCCAAGGCCAAGAUACAAGGUUCAGUAAAGCUCUCGACGGUUGCGGACAGGGCGGCAAGAACUCGAGUGCAUACAGAAGUUCGACGUAUAUUUUCCGGUAAAAUCGAUACCUCGACAGGCUCGGAUGGCAUCAUCCAAGCCGCCGCUGCCAGUCGCAGCACUCAGAGAUGGGGAGAGCGUCGCCAAACCCAACAAAACACUCGUCGUGAUGGACCCAGCGGCAAGUAUCUACACUUCUCCCUUUACAAGGAAAACCGGGACACCAUGGAUACUGUUGGCCAGAUUGCACGCGCUCUCAACAUGAAGCCAAACAUGUUUGGCAUUGCCGGCACCAAAGAUCGUCGUGCGGUGACCGUACAACGUGUGAGCAUGCGCAGUAAAGACCCCGCAAGCCUUGUGUUUAUCAACAGCGAUCGCCGGUUCAACGGCGUCAAGAUUGGAGACUUCAAGUUCGAGGAGACCGACCUAUGGCUCGGCUGUCAUAACGGAAACGAGUUCGCCAUCGUCAUGAAGGACUGCAUGUUCAGUGGCACUGAACAUGAACCCUUCGAACGCCAACUCGAAAUCGCACAGUCAACCGUAGACGCUGCGUUAGCCGCGAUCAACCGUUCUGGCUUUAUCAACUACUUCGGCACUCAACGCUUUGGCACGUUUGAGAUCGGAACCCAAGAUAUUGGCACAAAGAUACUGAAAGAAGACUUUGAAGGCGCUAUCCAGGAUUUGCUGGCGUAUGACCCAGUCAUGGUGAACAUGGAUACUACCAGCUCCAAGCCGGGAGAGUAUGUACGCUACGAUGACAUAAAUCGAGCAAAAGCAUUGGCGAAGUUCAAAGAAACUGGGGAUGCUCAGGGGGCAUGCAAGAUGCUUCCGCGGCGUUGUAAUACUGAGUUCAACAUUUUGAGACAUCUUGCCAACCGUCCCACCGAUUUCAUGGGUGCACUUCAAGCCGUUACCAGAAGCAUGAGAAAUAUGUACCUCCACGCGUACCAAUCUCUGGUCUGGAACUUUGCCGCUAGCAAACGCUGGGAAACGCAUGGCUUGCAGGUUGUCAAAGGUGAUCUGGUCCUCUCAACGAUGGAGAACGGAGCAGGAAAGCAGGAUGAUCCGGAUGAAGUAGACGAAGAGACGCUUCAUCUAGCAGGUGGCGAUGCCGACGAGGCUGGGGCUCGCCAAAACGUUCGCAUUCUGUCGGCGGAAGAUGCUGCAAGCGGCCGAUAUUCGAUAUAUGAUGUGGUACUGCCAACUCCCGGCUAUGAUGUUAUCUACCCCAACAAUGAAAUCGGUCAGUUCUAUAUCGAAUUCAUGGGAAGGGAGGAAAAUGGCAGCCUCAACCCCCACGAUAUGAGACGGCGACAGAAGGAUUUCAGCCUCAGCGGUACCUACCGGAAGUUCAUGGGCAACUUCAUCAAGCCUCCCACGGCUUCUGUUCGCUCGUACAUUAAUGACAACGAUCAGCUGAUCCCCACAGAUCUGGAUUUAAUUAUUAAAUCUCGGAAAACAACUCGCGAUGCCUCGGACGGGCCUGAAAUACCUCUCGAAGAUAGGAGAAAGAGGGUCAAGAUCGCCACACCUUCCGACGAGCAGAUUGAGAAGCCGGUAGUUGAAGAGAAUUUUCAGCCAGAGGAUAAACAUGAACAGCAAGAUCAGGUCAUGGAAGAGGUCAAGCCGCAAGAUCAGGACAACGAAGCGCAGCAAGAGCAACAAGCACCUCCUCCUGCCCCUGUUGUAGAAGAGAACAAGAUCGCAGUGAUUUUCCGAUUCCAGUUGCACACGAGUCAAUAUGCGACAAUUGCGCUUCGAGAACUUCAGGGCUAUAGUACAUAGGAUAAAUGCACAUACAAGCACAAUGCUUGAGGAUCAAACUUACUCAUAUAUCCGUCAGCUAGAUCGUGGAGGCCAAUCGUAAAAACAGAUACAAACAUUGUGGCUGAUACAAAGGCAUUCUGUAGAUCAGUCGAGCCGAUGAAGAAUAACCAUGACAAAACAAAGACCGCCGACGCCAUAAAGCACGCGACAAGCCACCAG